ACAGCGUCAGACGUCAGCAACGGAAGCUGGACAAGUGUAAAAGUGAAUAAGUGAGGCAGUCAAAUUGUGUUGAAUCACAGAAAUUCAUUGAUUUUCAGAGGUCAAUUUAAUGGAAAAAUAAAAACAAAGAAACGAAGAGUGCAGUACAGUACAAGUGGCAACAAAAAUAACUGUAAACACAAAAAGCAACAAUAAAAUAAGCGAAAAAAGUUUACUCUUUCAAGUGAAGUGAUAACAAAAAGCGCCAGCCAACGAGCGAAUGCGAGCAGCAAGAAUAGAAAAAUAAAUAAUGUCUGAAGCGAUGCUGGUGUAAAAACAUUAAGAAUAAACAAAAAACGAGAAUUACAUUCGGAAAAAAAGUUAAAUGAAAAGCGUAAAGUGUAAAGUGGAAGAGCCAUUGAGAGCGCUGGUGUGAAAAAGUGUGAAAAUUCAUUCUAAACACACACAUGUGAAAGCGUCACUCGCCACCUACUUCGCCAUCUUAACGAAGUGGCAACAAAAACCCAUGCAACAAUAACAACAAAGGAAUAACUACAGUUACAAAACGGGCAAUGCCACGAAAAGCACCGGCGACGCACAUUCACACGCAUGUACAAUCAGCAAAAGAGCUGUCAGUUUAAGACCCGAAUACAUGUGUUACAACAACAACAAUAGCGAUAACAGCAACCAUUAUAGAAGCAGCCACGGCAAGCGCCGCUGAGACAGACAAAAGCUAUAAUAAUAACCAGGAAAUAUAGCGAGCGAGUAGCGGGAAAAACACAAGUUUUUGUCUGGAAUUUGCCGUCUUGUCUUCCUGUGACGUUAAGUGAACCUCGCGCGUUAGCAACAUGUUGAAGUUUCUGCGGAUUAUUUGCAUUUGGAUCUGCUGCGCGUUCUGUCUGCUGGAGCGCAUACAAUUGCCCGCCGCCACAGCCGCCAUUGCAGCACCAUUCGAGUAUUUCGAGGAUCAUGACCAACUCUCCUACGACUUGGAUACCGAGCAGUCAAAAGCCAAAUAUGAUACACGUCUGCUGUCCGAGCAAAUGUUGAAGUUGGAAAAAUCCACUGAACGGUACGAAAGUGCUGACAGCCACGCUAACGGCAUAGGUAACAGUGCGACCAAUUCCGAACUGGACGAAGACACCGAGUCGGAAGCAGAUGCGGAUGUGGAUGAUUUGCAACCGCAUGAACGUGCGGCUUCGUGUCACAACAAUGGCCAUAAAUACACACACGGUCAAAAGGUACCUCGAAUUGAUCCUUGUGAAGUUUGUCUCUGCAUGGAUGGCGAGAUAUUUUGCUGGUGGGAAUUGUGUUCCAAAAAGCCUGGAAGCCAAAUCCCAGCCGAAUAUCACGCAAACCCACAAUACGACACUUCCACUGUCAGAUUGAAUGCGAUGAGCAGUACCUCAGGCACGACAACCCCACCCAUCGUGGACACAUUGAAGCUGCAGCAACAAUACCCGGAUCCACGCCCCUACGGCAACACCUUCGAUGUAAGCGCACCGAAACAUGAACACCUCACUGAGAGCAGUAAAAGUAAGCAACAACAACAAACGCAGGAUACAACUAUCUCCAGCUCCACCGCCAACAGUGGCACUAAGCCGUACACACACGCCACCAAAUCCUGGCAGAAGAAGAAGACCUACCAACAGCAGCAGAAACAAAAACACGAACAGCAAAAACAACACCAACACAAACAUGCACACGAGCACGCCGCAUACUAUGCCUACCCGCCGUCAUCGUCGGUGUCGGCCAGCAAAAUUCUCAGCUUCCCGGAGAACUUGCCGUCCGUGUUGUAUCACGACUACCGCACCGAGGAGCAUCAGCACCAUCAACAUCAACAUCACCAGCAGCACUUGAAGCAUCAGCAGAAAAAGCUACAGCUGCUAAUGCAACAGCAACAACAAAAGCGCAAACAACAAAUGCUACAGCACACACACGGCGCGCGGAAGGGUGGCGAGCACCACCCACCACAAUAUCAACACGACAUUUUUGCGGGAAAACCGGCAACAGCGAGUGCAUAUGGCUCAUCGCCGCCACUGUACACCGGCAGGGACGGCGACAACUUGGAGCUGAGUGCCGACUGGGGCUUGGUUGGCGGCAAUGAAAAUAUCUACGAUGAUGUUGAGGCCGACAGCGAUAUACUCCCCGAGCCGCCGACAAAGAAACCGAAAAUGUCAGCCGCAGCAACAGCAGCAACAGCGGAAGCAACAACAAGUGCUGCUGAGCUCGUAACAACAACUGCUAGUGGCAACAUGACUGCCAGCCAAACACAGCUGGCCGGUGCUGUUGGCGCACAAGCGGCCGCACAUGUGGGUGUGCAGCAGAGUGACAGCUACGUCGGCGGCAACGAGAAGUCAUUAAAAAUGAAUGCUGCUGAUGCGUCGUCGCUUUCGCUAUCCGCAUCGUCCCCCACUUACUUCACGUCAACGGCAACAUCAUCAGCUGCGGUUAACGCGGCCACACCAGCGAAUCCAGCGUCCAACAAUAUAACGGACAACACGGCGGAACUCCGGCAGCAGGAUGUGUUUAAUCGCGAAAGCAGCGAAGAAGACCAGGAUGACGCCUUCCAUCGCUGGCUCACGUCCACCGAAAUGAACGCCAACAACAACGGGAGCAACAGCGGCAGCUUUACUGAUUAUAACAACAAUUCGUUGGAGUUAGAGAGCGCGACACCAGCACGUCGCACAGAUUUGUCGGGUCUCGCCGGGACACAAACUAUUAACGCAACGACCGCAGUAAAAACUAUAAACGACACGAACGCAUCAAGGGGCGCGAACGGUGGCGGUGGCGUCGGCAUCGGCAUCGGCACCGUCAGAAAUAAUAACAAUAGCAAAAUUGAUAAUGUUUACUUUCGCAGUUCCUACAAUGAUUACAGUAGCGAAUACAAUGGCAGCGUGGUGAAUAUCGAUAUAUUGCUCACCACCGCGGAUGAGCAGCAACAAGCACAACAGCAACAGCAUAAGGCCGAUUUGAUUACGCAGUCAAGCAGCAAUUCACAGCAGGCGGCAAGAGGCGGCGGCACGGCGGGAGCAAGCAGCAAUUCCAGCGCAACGGUGGCAAUAAAUGCAACAACAACGCUACCAAUUGCUGCCGUUCAAACGAGCAGUCCGGAGCGACAGUGCAAUGUUAUGGGCACGCUAUACAAAAUCGGCGAUGUACUGCCACAGGACACCGGAAAUUGCCUGCAAUGUGUGUGCAUAGAUGGCUCGACGAGCGAUGACACGCCGCGCGUCACCUGUAGUCCGCACAACUGUCCGCCCCUGGUGCUGCCCGAUUUGUUCGAUGCCACAGGAUAUUAAACGGCGCUACAACAACACACAUGGGCCAACGGGCCAACUCACACCGCGGUCGACAGCGUAUCCAGCACCAUGCACCCACACACACACUUACACCUAUAAGGCAACAUAUAAUAAAAAAGAUGAAAACGUUAAAACUAAAGCAUCACUCCUGAUGGCAGCAGUAAUAAGAAUAAUAAUGGUGCAUUGCGCUCGCAGUUCAUCAACUAGAGCCACCGAUGUCGCUGAAAGUUAAAAGCCAAUGGAUCGCCAACAUUCGGUCGAUGUAAAAUGCAACGCCUAGGCAUAUCCUCCAACAAAUCACACUUCCAAAGAAACUACAACGUCAAACGUACACAGAUAUCUACAUAGACCGUUACACGCACAUAUUCAUAAGCUUAGUCAAAUAUAAACUGCAUAGACCAUAGUCCUUCCAUAUACAUAUACACAUGUAAGCCUGCACACCAACACAUUUAGAAAAGAUCUGAAAAUAUGAAAUAAAUGAAACACACAUAUUUAGUGCUAAGUCGAAAGCUAGAAACUCACAAUUAGAAAAAGCCAAUAAAAAUAUUUCAAAAACUGUAUGAUAACAUUAAAAUCCAAUAUUUAUUUUUCGAGUUUUGAGUUUCGAGCUUGCAUAAAAUAUCAUUUGGCGCCACUUAAUGGCAGAACGGCAAAACGCAAAGCAUAAUGAGGCUACCGACUGCAGAAAUCUUUGCAGUUAAGUGUUAGUAUAUCAACUGAGAUGCAUGUAUAGGAUAAAUGUAUACAUAUUUAGCGGUAUUUAUAUGACAUAUAAAGCAAAAUAUACUGUUUAUUUAUAUUUGAAGCAGUAUUGUAUCAAUAAUUAAUUUCUGCUAAGAUGAUAAUGAAAUACUGGCAACUAGAGAACUAUAUGAAAAUUACAACAA